AUGCCUAAGCGUAUCCUGUGCUCGUAUGGAGUCGAUGUUGAUGCCGUCGCUGGCUGGCUUGGCUCAUAUGGAGGGGAAGACUCACCCAGCGAUAUCUCCCGUGGCCUGUUUGCUGGAACACAUGGAACUCGCCGGAUGCUAAAGUUGUUCGACAAGUACAACAUCAAGGCGACAUGGUUUAUUCCCGGCCACAGUCUCGAGACUUUCCCCGAAGAAUGCGCCAUGGUCCGUGAUGCCGGGCAUGAAAUAGGGCUUCAUGGCUACUCUCAUGAGAACCCUUCCGACAUGACACUAGAGCAACAACGUGAUGUCUUGGAAAAGACUCAUAAGAUGCUCACAGAGUUCUGCGGCAAACCUCCUCGCGGAAGUGUCGCCCCUUGGUGGGAGACCAGUAAGGAGGGCGUCGAUCUGAUGCUGAGCUAUGGCAUUGACUGGACCAAGAUCGAUUAUAAGCAAAAGGCUGAGACUUGGAUGAAACCAUUAGUGAAGGGCCAAGAUACAGGACUUGUUGAGAUUCCAGCCAACUGCCUUCCCCCCAUGAUGUUCAUCAAAGACGCCCCCAACAGCCACGGCUGGGUCAACUCACGCGAUGUUGAAGAUCUGUGGCGAGACCACUUUGACUACUUCUACCGCGAAUACGCCGACGAUCCCGAUGAGAUCUGUGUGUUCCCUCUCACAGUUCAUCCAGACGUUUCUGGCCGGCCGCAUGCUCUGCUAAUGCACGAGAGGUUGAUAGAGUACAUCAACAAGCACGAAGGUGUUGAAUGGGUAACGAUGGAACAGAUGUGUGAUGAGUUCAAGAAGAAGAACAAGCCACCAAAGGGAGCUGUUAUGCCAAAGGCUCAAGAUCAAAAGUAG